AUGUAUGAAGCGACUGAUAAUGUUCGACGGUCUACGAGAGCGCACGAGAACGGUUGCCUACAUUGUCUACAUUGCAUGAAGCCAGAUGAUUACUAUUUUCCUCCCUACGACUUCCACGAAUUCGAAGGAUGCCGCAAACGCUACAUAAAAGCAGAUCGCGACUUCGAACAACAAGAAAGCUUCCCAAACGUACGAUUUGUCCAAGAAAUUUUUACUCCGGGCCUUCUGGUCUUCAGAAAUAUAUCUGAAUCCCAAUCCUACCCAAGUAACUCAUCUAUUACACCAGAAGUAGCCUGGCAACAUCACGUUUACGCAAUUGGGCAGGCGUAA